AUGCUAGGAAGCAAACUUCAAACAGUUCAGAGUUACUCAUUCUUUUUCAUGCUUCUCCUUUUUCUUUCCCCCACUCCUCUCUUCAAUAAUUAUAGUCCUUCCCCCAUUCUCGGUACAGACUCCCUCUUUCUUUUUCUACUCAUUUUCAGUAUAGUCCUUCCCCCCAUUCUCAGUACAGACUCCCUCUUUCUUUUUCUACUCAUUUUCAGUAUAGUCCUUCCCCCCAUUCUCAGUACAGACUCCCUCUUUCUUUUUCUACUCAUUUUCAGUAUAGAAUUCCUUCCUUCUCAAUACAGACUUUCUUUUUCUACUCAUUUUCAGUAUAGAAUUCCUUCCUUCUCAAUACAGACUUUCUUUUUCUACUCAUUUUCAAAUUCCUUCCUUCUCAAUACAGACUUUCUUUUUUCUAAUUUUUUGUUCAUAGAAUUCCUUCCUUCUCAAUACAGACUUUCUUUUUUACUCAUUUUCAGUAUAGAAUUCCUUCCUUCUCAAUACAGACUUUCUUUUUCUACUCAUUUUCAGUAUAUACAAUUCCUUCCUUCUCAAUACAGACUUUUUUUUCUACUCAUUUUCAGUAUAGAAUUCCUUCCUUCUCAAUACAGACUUUCUUUUUCUACUCAUUUUCAGUAUAGAAUUCCUUCCUUCUCAAUACAGACUUUCUUUUUCUACUCAUUUUCAGUAUAG